CCGUCAUGAACCGAGGCGGCGGCGGCGCGAGAGACGCCGCGGCGCAACCUACCUCCCGCGCUCCUGCACGCCCUUCCGGCAGAAAGAAAGGGGUUUGCAGUCACUGCCGGGGCUUUGGCGUCAAGACAAUAGCUUCCACAAAGAGCUUAGAGUUCAUCCUUUUUUUUUUCGUGGCGAUCAGUGUCCGGGCCUCACUUGCCGAGGGAUUCUUUGCACAAGGGGUGACGCUCAAACAUCUGUCCGUCGAAGGCGACUUGCCAUCCGCCCCAUACUCGAUCAAACCUUGUGAGCAAGGGAGAACACAUACGAGGAGAGACGGUGCUGUCGUCCGUGGCCAACUCUGGCGGCUCCGCGCGGGUCUAGACUUCUAGGAUCGUGUGUUUAGACGGGGGCCACCAAGAGCACACAACCUGGCGACAACACAUGCCGUCAUAUCCCAACAUGGCAGGACGAUGACAUACGGCGCCCCUAAUGUUGGCGUGGGGAUUUAUAUCUCCCUGUGUCUCUUCUCCGAGCCCAUCGCCAGUCGGAUGUUUCUUCUCUCUUCAGCAUCGGACAUCUCUUCUCUCUUCAGAAUCGGACAUCUCUUCUCUCUUCAGCACCGGACAUCUCUUCUCUUCAGCAUCGGACACCAGACUUCACGGACACCAGACUUAUCCACCAAGCACACGCUCCACUCAUAACCAAAAACAUGGCCACCCCCGUUUGCGACAUGGCCACCGACAUGGCCACCGACAUGGCCACCCCCUCUUGCGGCUUUUGCACCAUUGCCGCCGCUGUCGUCUUUGUCAGCACUAUGGUCGCUGUCGCCCUUCUCGCCGUUAUCGGCACCACCGCCGCCAUCGCCUCCGUCUAUCCUUCGCUGAUGGAUAGUAUCGUUGACGCCAGCGUUAUCCCCGACACGGACCCCGAUCUUACGGAAAAGGAGGAGGACUUGGUCCUUUCCCCCGAGAAGUCAGGCUCCCAGGGUUCUCACGCCGGCCACAUCAAGGGCCCUGCUCGCCUUCAUCAAGGGCCCUGCUCGCCUUCAUCAAGGACCACCGGCAUGGGCACAACGUCAUUGCUGUUCACUCUCUCCAUCGAGGUCAAAGAAUGAUUCGACGGACAAAAGGGUCUUUAUUACGGGCAGUAGCUAGCCUUGGCUAUAUAGUGGUUCGUGACCACAUUGCAAUACACUCUUUUGUAUCUC